AUGAAGAUCCUGGACGCCGGCACCGAAGUCCUCGACGACUACGAUGUCCUCAAGUUUAUUCGCGACAAGCGCGCUCAAAUCAAAGCCGACAAGGACCAAGCAAAAGAAGAAGGUCGUCCAAACACACACCGGCCCGCCAACUUCAUGAAGUCAUUGCAGAAGCACGAAGAACAUCUCAGCGACAAGGACCGUCCUUUCUUGAACAAUCCCAGAUACGACAACGACUCGCAAUACCUGAACAAGUUGAUGCAAACCCUGGGUCCGAGAGUGCAUCUGACAAAGUCCGAGUACUUGAUCCUCGCCAAUCAACGCCCCUACAGACGCGCCCACCUUGCUGCCAUGAUCGAAGACGCCGAUACCCGCUUCACUCCAGAAGAGCAAAACUUCAUUAGAGAUACCGUGGCCGAGAUCUUGGGCUUCCCCGAAGAAGAGGGCGCAAACUUGGACGCCAAACCUGUUGAAAUCAAAGGAUGA